AUGGCCAAACUUCUGGUCUCUCUGCUGGCAUUGCCGUUUUUGGCGGGCGCCCUUCCCGCAGACGGAUUUGCGGCACGGGCAGAUCGCAGUCACAACGCCGCAACUUUCAACGUUUCGCAGUUUGUCCCUGACGACUCGUACAAGCCUCAGAAGACUGGAAUCCCAUUCACAUUGCUCGAUACUUCCAUUCAGCCAUGGGUUAAGCUUAACCAGCCAUCAAAGACAGCCGCCGCUGCGGAGAUUGCUGCUGCGACUGCUUGCACUCCUUUGACAGCAGCAAAUCCAUCCACUUGGUGGUACGAAAGCAUUACCCAUGAUGGGUUGUCGUCUUUCAUGUCUUCGGAAUAUAGGAGCGAGUAUUCUGUGUUCCGUAAUGUCGUGACCGACUAUGGCGCAGACAACACUGGUGCUACUGAUGCAUCUGUUGCUAUUCAGAACGCUAUUAACGCCGGUCCCUCAAAUGGUGGCCCUGCCAGAGGCUCCGGAAGCUACGGCACAACUGGUCAACCCGCUGUGGUCUACCUCCCUGCUGGAACUUACUUGAUGUCCGGCAGUCUCCAACUGCUUGUUGGAACCGUACUUGUCGGUGAUCCCAUCAAUCCCCCAACUCUCAAAGCUGCUUCCAGCUUCCCCAAUGAUCAUAUCAUCUAUGCCAAAGACCCGAACUAUGGUGGAACCAUCAACUUCUACAUCGGCAUCAAGAACAUCAUCAUCGAUUCCACAGCAGUUGACGGCGCAACAAGUAUUGCGCUUCUCGACUGGACCGUUAGUCAGGCUACCCAGCUGGCCAACGUUGUCUUCAACAUGCCCGAUUAUUCCACUGGUCACGUUGGUGUCACUUCACAAUACGACUCCAACAGCAACAUCAUCCUCAACGACCUGACUUUCAACGGUGGUGCGUACGGACUGAAACUCUCCGGCCAGCAAUGGAUUCUCAAAAACAUCAAGACAAGCGGCACUACCACCGGUAUCUCUGCCGGCGGUUUCAGCGUCGUUUGUCAGGCAUGCUCCUUUCAAUAUGCCGCAACCGGUAUUGAUGCCACAGGCGUAUCCGGUACUGUCACUGUGAUUGACUCCUCUGGAUUGGAUCUUGGUGUCUUCCUAAAGGGCACGAACAGCGGUGGUGCUGGCAAUUCUGUGGUUCUUGAGAAUGUUUCGUACAGCGGAACUACCGUUCAAAUGAGCGGUAGCACGGUUUUGUCGGGCAGUGUUACUGAUACUUGGGUUUACGGUGACUUGUAUUCCAGCGGCAGCUCUAGCGGUGGCCGCGUCACUGGUCAAACCGUGACAACUCCUCGCUCUUCCUCACUAUUGUCUGGCGGCAGCUACUUCAUCACAGAGAAGCCUCUCACAUUCCAGGAAUACUCAGUCGACCAGGUCCUCAACAUCAAAACCGUGUCCGGCUUGCCCGUUUAUGGUGACGGUGCUACCGACGACACUGCCAAUAUCAACUCUAUCCUGUCCCAAUACGCUGGAUGCAAAGUCAUUUAUUUCCCCGCUGGAACUUACAUUGUGACUAACACUAUUCUCAUCCCGGCCGGCUCGCGUAUUUAUGGUGAUGCGUAUGGAACAGCUAUCUCGGCCAUUGGCUCCAACUACUACAACCCUGAUUCACCGGGCAUUAUGGUUCAGGUCGGAAAUUCGGGCGAUGUCGGUGUUGCUCAGAUUGUCGAUAUGAUUUUCACGGUUGCCGAUGUUCUUCAAGGCUGCAAACUGGUCGAAGUGAACAUCGCAGGCUCCAGCCCUGGCGACGUCGGAUUCUGGAACUCCCACUUCCGUAUUGGCGGCGCUGCAGGUAGCAAAGUCGAAACGAACUGCGGCGGUAGUCCCGAUCAAUGCAAAGCAGCCUGGGGUCUGAUCCAUCUCACCAGCACAUCCUCUGCCUACAUUGAGAAUAUGUGGGGAUGGACUGCAGACCACGACUUGGACGGAGGCAAUGGACAGACCAUCUCAACUGGCCGCGGUAUGCUUGUAGAGGCUACCAAGGGAACGUGGCUCGUGGGCACGGCUAUGGAGCAUCACACCUUGUACCAAUAUAACUACAACGGAGCACAGAACGUCGUUUCUACUUUCCAGCAAAGUGAAACACCCUACUGGCAAGGCCCCGGCAACGACAUCGCCCCCGUCCCCUGGAGCGCCAACCUCAUCACCUCCGACCCGAGCUUCCAGUCCUGCGCCUCCGGCGACAGUCUCUGCGGCAUGGCCUGGUUUGAGCGCAUCUCCGACUCGUCAAACCUGUUUCUGUACAACGGUAUGGUAUGGACAUUUUUCAACAAUAAUGGUGGUUGCAAUGGCGAUUGCCAGCAGAAUGCGAUCAACAUCCUUGAUUCGAGCGCGCUGUACAUCUAUGGGCAACAAGUAAAAUCUGUGACGAAUAUUUUCUUAGAGAGUGGUGCGGCGAUUGCGACGGAGAGUGCGAAUGGUGGUGGUUGGGGAGGGAAUAUUGCUGCUUAUUUGCGUGAUUCAUAG